AUGUCAAAAAGGAGAGCGCUUGAACUCGAAGAUGAGAAGAAGCCGCUGUCCCCGUGGAUACCGGUAACUCUGUUAGCAGUGACUUCCGUAGCGCUCGCCGUGCCAUUGUUAUAUUUACGCCGGCAACGUGCUGCUGCACUUGCGAAAGACGCCUCUGCAGCCGUGUCUGCAGCUUCGACAGCGCCGCCACGCAGACUUGGACGAGGAAUACCUGCCGCCCAAGCCGCACUUGAGCAGUCAGCGGCGUUGGCGGCCCGGCCAGCGUCUAAUGCGCCUCCUCCGAGAAGAAGGGUGACGGCCCUGUCAGGCUCUAUUGCUGCAACGCCUGCACCCUCUGAUGCACCUGCUCCAUCACUAGCCGCGGCGCCGGCUGCUUCGAGCUCGACGCUGCCACAGGACGACGGCUUCAACGUUCACCUCUAUGGCAUCAAGGCAUUUGGUGGCGCAACCGCGAUUGUGCUCCUUGCUGCUGCCAGUGGCGUGUGGGGAGUAAAGGCGUAUAUGGGCGUCGAAGACCCGCAAGACUUCGCCAAGCGCAUGCGCGUUGUUCUCGCAGACAAACUGCCUGCUCUCGCCGCGCGCAUCAACCGAACACUGGACGCGACACCGUUGACAGCCCCGUUCGCGCUGCCCAUCUCACUACCCGCACCAAAGGCCGAGGACCUGGCCAAUGAUGCUCCUCCACCAGUGACCGAUGACGAAGCGCGGUCAUGGCGGUGGGCGGACGCGAAGAAGCGGUUAGCCGAUGCUUAUGAGGAGGGCGGCGCGUCGCAGUGGUUCGAGGUCGCGUUGAGAGAGAUGGAGAUGGAGGCUGGCCAGAUUAGGCAACGCGACUCGGCGCAGGAGCAUCCUCGUACGCAGACAUAG